CGUUUUGGCUCUUAUAAAUGCAGCCGAGAGACUUUAUAGUCUUCACAAGCAUUUCAAGUUCUUUCAUUAUUCUCAACUGUGCUGAAAGUGACAGUUUGACAGAUAAUGGGUGGAAAGAGAGAGUUAAUCCGCAAGUCGUGGAUGUCACUUAAGGACCUUUGCAGGCGUGAAGCAGACUGGAACUCAUAUAAGGUCGCUUGUGAGGAAGAUGCAGAUUUGAAAUCCUUUGACGCCGACGUCCAAAGCCGAACCACAAAGGUCAUCAGCACCCUUCAGAAUGGAGGUGUUUCAACUGAUUAUGUGAGUGAAGCCAUAUCAUAUGUGACAGAAUUUAACAAGCAGACUGUGGACGCAAUCAGGGCAUGCAGAGAAGAUAUAACGAGUGGUGCGUGGAAGAAUAAGAAGAAGAAGAUGAAGAGUGAAGAAAGCUUUAAGGUGGUGGUGGAGGAGUACGUCGACAACAGCCAAGAGAUGCUGGAUUUCUGCUCUGUAUUGGACAAGUUCCUGAAAUCGGCUCGCAACAACCAUUUUGAGAUUGAACAAGUAAUUCAACAGUGCGAGAUGGAGACUGAUCCCGAGGGAGGAAAUAAGUACGUGAGGAUUUCGAGGAAAUUGAAGAGUCUCAAGGCUAGUGCACCCCAUUACGAUUCUGCAAACAGAUUACUAGAAAAGAUUCAAAGCUUGCAGGCCAAGAAUCAAGGGCUGAUCGAUAAACUGAAAAUUGAAUAUGAGAAGCUGGCAAACAAGCGGAAGAGCGUUCGCGCAUGGAAGAAGGCGGUGAAUAUGAUAUUCAUCACCACAGUGGCUGCCCAAGUUAUUUCUGCAGUCGCGGUGCUAGCUAUGGCUAAUCCAGCUGCUUCUGCAGCUAUUGCUGUUACCAUUGCCCCAGUAAUUGCUGGACAUCACUGGGCUCUUGGUUUGCUGACAGAAUACGAAAAAAGUUUGAAUGAUGACAAAGUGAUACUGCAAACAAUGCAUGAUGCAAGUGUGUUUUGCAUUAAGGAGUUGGGCGACGUAAAGUUUCUCAUCGAUAAGGUUGUAAAUGAGAUUGAUGCUGUCUUGUUUCACGAUUGUCAUGCUGAUUCUGCCAUGGAGGAGGGACAAGUGGAAAACGCUAUCAAGAAUAUUAAGAGUAAGCUGGACAUGUUUCUCAAGAAAAUUGAGAAAUUGGAGGAAAAAGGAGAGACUUGCAGCUCUGAGGUAUUGAAAUCAAGGGAUAAGGUUGUGAGGAGCAUGAAAGCAUAGAUAGCAGGCAGCUCUGGCUGGUAUGUAAAAAUGCUUUUGAUAUUAAUUUGGUAAUAAAACUGGAGAAUCUUUUCCAUCAUGCAUGGUCAAACUUUUAAG